AUGGCUCUACUUCCGCUGCGGACCAAGUUCCGAGGACCGGCUCCAACCAUGCCGGAUCUCGAAAAGGAUAUUAUCGAUGAAGCUCUGUAUCUUUUCAAGUCUCUUAUAUUUUUCCGCCAAUAUGAGAUAAAGAGUGAAGCUGAUCGCGUUCUAGUAUAUCUCAUCCUGUACAUUUUGGAAUGCUUGAAGAAGAUGCUAAAGUGCCCAAACAAAGCGAUUGCCUCCAAAGAACUGUUGGCCAUGGGUAUCAGUCGAUUCGACAUCCCAGGCGAUCCGAAUUUCCCACGCGAGUUGAACAGUUUAUAUGCCAAACCCAAAACUUCGUCAGAAGCCGAAACCAUGCGUGCAUACAUGAGUCAGCUGCGACAAGAGCUUGGCACUCGUCUGAUCGACUUGGUCUAUUCGAACGAUAGCGCACCUCCGAGCAAAUGGUGGACCUGCUUUGCCAAACGACGCUUCCUUGACCAGUCUCUUACGCCUCCUGGAGCUAUCUGA